UGAAGAGCAUGCGUUCGCAGGAGGACGUAUGUCUAUCGCACGGCGGUCGGUUUUAGCGUUUCGGUUUGUGCCCGCAGACAGAGAAGUGAAUUAAUUCUAGUUAGUUUUGGUUGUGUUAUUAUUCAUCGGGCAUAAGUUCAUAGCACUCCUGGCGUCGGAGGAAAUCUUGAUCCCUAGGGCGCGGUACGUCGAAACACCACCAGUUUGUAGUGCUCGAAGGCAGGAAGAAAACGAACCAUCGGAGUGAGUCUCAACGAGGUACCUCAAGGUGGAGAAGGAAAGCAAAAUCGCGAGAGGGUGUUCCAAUGAGUGAAAGAUUGUGGCCUUUUCUGUGUUUGUUGGGCAAAAGUGGAAGCGUUUCCGCUGUGUGUUGAAAUUUCGAAAUUUCUUCUGUCAGUGUAAGCAAAAGUGCAAUCAAAUGCGGUUUGUGAAAUUUUCGACAGUGAUUCGUUGUUGUGCCGCCAGCUAAGAUCAUGUUUUGGGGCACGGCGGUCGUUCCGUCGCCGCCGAUGAAAACAAAGAAAAAUUCUGUCACCACUACUAUUACUACUAAUAAUAAUAAUAAUACGGCAAUCAGUCGCAGCAAUAAUCGCCAGCAAAAUUUCAAUAAUCAUCAUAAUCAAUGGAAUAACAACAACAACAGCAGGAAACAUGCUAGCAGAAGAGUUGUUGACAGUGAAGCAAUGAUAACGACCGGGAGCUUACUGGCUCUCGGUAGAAUGGUCUUCGACUGUCAGAGUGACCCUGAAGUAUCGGAUCGUGGUAGGCCUUGGGCAGUAGGGCAGUGCAGCAGUGGCGUAACGCUGUGCAGUGAACCAGCGACAGAACGACGACGGCCCCAUCGGUUGAAGCGACAGCGACUGCAACCGGAAGGCAGUCCACGGGGCGGCCGUUCCGGUCUGUUCCAAGUGCUAGUGUUUAUCGUAGUAUUUAUUGAUCUAUUUAAUUCGAGUGCAUCGUCAUCGAUCGGUGCAUUAAGCCGGAGCAGCAACGACCACCGACACAGGGGGAAUGCGGUGGCAGCAGAGAUUCAGGGAAAAGAUGACGGACGAUUUCAUCCAUCCAAGGAAUUCUCCCGAUAUAGUAGAAUCCAACCGCGGCUCGUCCAUGGCCGCCAUAAACGUUCACUCGAGAGCACCCGUGAAAACAACGGUCUUCACGUGUCGCACCUAACGCUAAGCUAUAAGCUAAACCAAGCAGAUGUGAUAUUAGAUUUACAGCUGAACGAUCGACUCAUCCCGCGCGGUCAUUUUCUGUCCUACCAGCUACCGGGCGGAACAGGAAAGCUCGUUGAACGAUACCACGGUACCGGUGAAACGGAGCUUUGUCACUACCGGGGAAAAAUUCGAGACGUACCCGAAUCCAGUGUUGCUCUGUCCACCUGCCGUGGAAUCCGUGGAGUGGUGUUCGAUGGACACGAAACGUACUACAUCGAAAGUAGGGAUUCCCACAAUCGGACGGACGGACGGUUGAACAGAGGGAAUCUCACCGAUCAUUAUAUCUAUCGACACUCAGACCUACUGACGGAGGCAAAAUGUGGCUACGACGGAGGUUCGAACAGUACGCACGAUCCGAAUCUUCACCGCGAAUCCGAAUUCCAACGAUUGUCACGGCACAAACGCGGUACCGUCAAGACCACCUCUCCGAUCCGGGGUCCGUACAAUGCGAACAAACACUCCAGCUACGUGGAGCUGGUGAUCGUCAUCGAUAACAAGAUGUUCAAGAGCAUGAAAGAGAACUUCAAAGUGGUCCAGCAGUACUGCAAGGAUAUAACCAACAUCAUCAACGCCCUGUACGAACCGUUGAACAUCUUCAUAGGACUGGUCGGAGUGGUGAUCUGGAAUGAGGCAAACGAGAUCGAACUGUCCAGUGAUGGAGAAAUCACACUGAAAAACUUCCUACACUAUCGCAAGAAGGUACUGAUUAAGGAUCACCCGAACGACAAUGCACAGUUGUUCACGAAGGAACACUUUGAAGGGGGUGUAGUUGGGAAGGCCCUGAAGGGUCCAAUUUGUACGUACGAAUUCAGCGGGGGAGUUGAAAUGUAUCACAGUGAGAUUAUUGGCGUACAGGCGACGACGGUUGCCCACGAGAUGGGUCAUAACUUUGGGAUGGAGCACGACACGGUCGAUUGCAAAUGUCCGGAGGAACGGUGCAUCAUGUCGGCUUCGAGUUCUUCGGUUGCCCCGCGGCAUUGGAGCAGUUGUAGCAUCGAUCAGCUAAAUUUAGCAUUCCAUCACGGGAUGAACUAUUGUCUGAAAAAUAAACCUACUCAGCUGUUUGAUUCGCCGGUCUGCGGCAAUGGCUUUGUGGAACCGGGCGAACAGUGUGACUGUGGACUACCGGACUUCUGCGAUAAUUCGUGUUGCAAUCCAAGAACCUGUAUGCUUCACUCGAACGCUUCGUGUGCCACCGGAGAGUGUUGCGAUUUGCUAACUUGUAAACCGAAAAUCGGUGGAACGGUUUGCCGAGAAGCGGAAGGUGAGUGUGAUUUGCCGGAAUACUGUUCCGGAGAAUCGGAGUACUGUCCGAAUGAUGUGUUCAAACGGGACACGGAAAAUUGCGACGAUGGAAAAGCUUUCUGCUAUAAGGGAUCGUGUCGAUCGCAGAAUGAUCAGUGCCGGUUGUUGUGGGGUCCAACGGGGAAAUCGUCCGAGCAGUGCUACAAGAAAAACGAAGAAGGUACUCGGCAUGGCAACUGUGGCUACAAUCGAGUGAAAAACGAGUACAUCAAAUGUGACGAAGGUGACGUGUACUGUGGAAUGCUGCACUGUCGGCAUCUGAACGAACGGUUGGAGUUUGGUAUGGAAUCGGUGGCCAUACUGUCGCACAGUUUUAUGACCUACAAUGGCAGUGUGAUACCGUGCCGUUCGGCAAUCGUUGAUCUGGGACUGCAGAAAGUCGAUCCCGGUUUGGCGCCGGACGGUGCCCGGUGUGGCGAAGGGAAAAUGUGUUUGAAUCAAAUUUGUAUGCCAGUGGCUAGCCUACGGACGCAGGGUAGCGGUAUCGAGUGUCCGGAAAACUGCAACGGAAAUGGGAUUUGUAACAGCGAAGGACACUGCCACUGUAGUAAAGGUUUCGCCCCACCGCUCUGUAACAGUCCCGGCAACGGGGGCUCGGAGGAUAGUGGACCGGCUUCGGAUCCUAAUGCCGGCAGCGGAUUUACCCGGUUCCUGUAUAUCUUCUUCUGCGGUGUGAUUCCAACGUGUGCAUUGUUCGCAUUGUUGAUGUACUACUUCCGGCAGGAUCAUGGGCUGACGAAGCGCAAACCACCGAGCAUGUCUGUGAAUACCGUGAAAACCGAUUCAUCCCGCAGUACCGGUUCAACGCACACGAUGAUGGCAUCGUCGCCCAACUCACCGGACGACAUGAAUUCCGCUUUGCUACGACCGUCGAGCGAAGUGGACGCGCUCAGCAACAACAACAUGUUCGGUAAAUUUAAAGGCUUCACCCUGAAACCCUUACCCGAAACGGGUGUUAAUCUCAAAUCGCCCAAAGUAGCCUUUGUCCAUCCAGUGUCCAAAUAUAACGAGGACCCGAGUAGUACCGUUCCCAAUCGCCCAGCGCCCCCCGCACCAAAAGUUAAGCCUGCUACAUCAUCAUCAUCAACUGCCCACACGGUUCAAAUUGGUAACAGUACCUAUAAUAAACCGGCAGGUAUCCUCCAUCAGAUCAACGGGUACAAGCUGGCUAAUCACGAACACCAGCUCGAGAAUGCUCCGGCCCUACCGCCCCUGAAUCCGGGAUCAACUGCACGUCCUAUCAUAUCCAGUCCGAUUCUGGAAUCGUCCACCUGUAGCUCCCGGGAACUGGUGUCACCGCUGAAACAGCAAAGCUCCGGUAAUGCCAAAGUUCCGAUACGGCCAGCUCCCGUUUUGCCUCCUCAGCCCGUUCUCGAUAAUCCAUCCGGUUCCCAGGAAACCAUGGCCAACCCGGAGAUUCUAAUCAACCCAACCAGUAAAGAUAAAAAAUCCAAAGAAGGAAAGCUAAACCGAAUAACGUCCUACCUGAAGAAAGACGACAAACCUCAAAAGCCGGAACCUAAAAACAUCAAAAUAGCCGACAAAGAGAAGCUGAAAAAUCUUCAAAUCUCCGCACCGAUGCCAAUCACAGCCGAUCUAGCUAAAAGUAUGCCCAAACUGAACGAAUCGGAACCGAUUACGACUGUGUCGUCGGUCAGUGUCCAGCGAGCGAAAAGUAUGCGAACCCCGGAAGUGACCGGCAAACGGAUGCCGGGCGAUGGUCAGGCUGCUACCGAAUCCCCUCGAAAGCCAACCACACUUAAGAGACCCCAAAGUAUGGUAGGGUCACGACCUACGAUGCCUCCGCCGCGUCCUCCGGUUCCACCGGCACCGGCCAUCACCGGUAUGAAAAUUCCCGGUGUUGCCGGAUAUCAAAAUCCACCGGCUCCGAAAUCCGUCACCAUUGUGACACCACCGUCACGAAACGACUAUGACGAUUGCAACGAAGUCGGAGGACCUGUGAAAUCGCUUAGAUCUCCUACGGCACUCGGCAGCGAUAACAUUUACUCGGUGAUUGAUGAAUCUCCAUCGCCGCCGAACACCGUAUCACCACCGACCCUAUCGUCCGGCAGUUCCGAAAGUAUGGGUCUCCUCGGAGAGAUUGUGAACGAAAUGCAGAGCCGCGGGAGUGAUUCGGUGUACAUAGCGACAACGGUGAAGCGUGGAACAGGGAAAGGUCAGGCACCACGGGCCACGGAAGAAGAGGAUGACGAAGACGAACCGACCUAUGUGAAUACAUCCGAAGCUACAACUGCCACGGACGAAGAAGAGGAUGAACCCUAUCCGCCAAAUCAGACAUCCAACGCCAGCAGCACCACAUCAAGCGGCUAUUUGAGACCAUCCGCGAUCAACACUCCCAUAGCUCGAGUGGCCCCCUCUAAGCCAGAAAGUGUUUCAACUAAUUUAAGUAGCUUUAAGAACGGUGGUAUCAUGUUGAGUAGUCUGCAGUUCCAAGGUCCGGUGGAGUCCAGUAAACCGGCGGUGGUAGCCAAAACCAAAACCACUCCGGCACCCUACAAACCGUACCACAGCACACUGAGUAAUACGCGUCCCGGUUCGGUUGUAGCAGCGACCAAAUCCAAAAUCAACCAGGAAAAGUUAGCCAAUGGUGGCGCGGUCACGGAAACGUCCAAACCGAAACUAAGUCGAAACCCUACACCACCCAGUCUGUCGACCGGAGGAACAUCAUCGAAGAAACCUACCAACAGCAACAGCACCGUCCGAACGAGAAGUCCAUCCCCGAAAGGAUCCAUCCAGAAUGGUGGCGGCAGUAGUCUGGCGGCCAAUGCGAAGGCCAACGCACCCCAGAAGCCCAAAACUCCGGCCAAACCGGAAAGUGUAGUAAAACCGAAAGCCGCGAAUGCCAACAGUAAAAUCCUGACAGCGGCGGCACGGCCGGUUCCGGGAAAGGUUUCCAAUGUGGCGUCACUACAGCAAAAAUUUGAAACGAAAAAGUGAAUCGAAUCGACGUGCUCUGCGGGGCAUAACCUAACCUAUACUGAACUGAACUCCGUACUAACCGUGUUUAGGCCCGUUCAUAUUAUGUUAAUAUGAUAGGAAAUCGACAGUUGCUUAUUUAAGAAAUUUCACUUCGAACGAGAAGACAAGUAAAUCUUCGGAUCCCGUUACUCCAAUUUGUUAUGAGGCGAUCGAGCAAGCAAAGAACAAUCAUCAACUUCACAUUACUGUUAGGACAAAACAAAACAGCAAAUCUGCCCAGUUAUACCGUUUAAAGUUGACAGCUUAGAGCUACAUUUUUACAUUCGCGUUUCGAUCGAUAUCGAAUAGUUGUAGACUAAUCAUCGUGUAAAUAGGAGCCAAAGAAGAAUGUUUUUUUGUGUAAAAUGCUUGACUACGAAUAAAGAAAUGAGAGUAUGUACUGUGUUAAGAAAAACGUAGAACUAAGAAAAAUUUGUAAGUGUGUGUAAUAUGACAGCAAAAAUAUCCGGAAUAUUCGAAAACUGUGUAGCUUAUUUUGCACUCUCUAUGCUGCAGGAUUAUCAUAAGAGAAUAGAUCAAAAAACGACAGCAAAAACAUUCGCAUCGAUCAUACGGUUCUGCUGAAUCGCACAGAAAACGAUGCGAUGACAAGUGAAGAGCAGGUCGUGCGAUGAUGCUUUUAUACUUGAAUAUCAAAAACGAAAACAAAAAAACUAUAAGAAAAAUUAUCACAGUCCAAUAAAAGUUCUCUUUUUUUUAAA